AUGACUGCUGGUGGAUAUCCCUUGGUUGGUCCAUUUGACAAGAACUACUGGGUUUCUACUGGCUUCCUUGAUGGUAAUGUAGAUCUGUUCAGGUUUAUACUGGAAAAGAGCAAAGAGACUUACUCGAUGUAUUAUAAUUGUUACACUAAUCGUCAUGCUGGUACGCCUACGGAUCGCGUUAGUGGCCUUUACGGUUGGUUCAAGAGGGAUAAAGCUCAUUUUUCGUUCCGCAAUGGAUGGGAGGUAGCCCAAGCAUUCGACAUCGAAGAGGAAGGCAUGUUAUCUAGCUCAGUCGGAAGUACCAGAUGGUAA